AUGGGGGCGCGGCGCGGGCGGGGCGGAGAGGAGAGUCCGGGGGAGGCAGCGAGGCUGCGCCCUGGGCUUCCGACCGAUCUCCGCCGGCGAGCGGCUCAGGCCCGGGGCGAGAGCGCGGGGCCGCCGGGCAGCGGAGGGAGAGAUGAGGAGGACCCGGAGGCUCGCCGCGGACGGGGGCCCGGGUGGAGGAAUCCUAGGGUGUGCCUGGAGGUGGCGGAGUGUGCCGACGCGGGUGGGCACGGGGGUGAGCGGGGCAAGUCCUUGCUUGCGGCCGAGCCUGGCCACCUGACGAAGUGGAACUCGCCACCGCGCAGGCUUUCCGGCUCUCCGAGCUCUCAGCUGCGUGUGCUGGGGUUGGACAGGUCCCGGGGGUGGGAGCGGGUGAGGAUCUGGUAUACACUGCCCUUAUCCCAGAUAAAAGCCGCUUUCCUCCCAGAGCGCGAGCGGCACGACCCGAAGGACGGGGAGCUGGCAGUCGGCACGUGCCACAGGGCCCAGCGGCGGGUGCGCCCAGCAUCCCUGGAGAGUGGUAUCCCGCCCAGACUUCCACAUUCGCGGCCGCGGGGCGCGGAGGGUUCAGUGCCGGCUGACUGUGCGGACAGGAGACUCCAGCUUUCCCCAUGUCUCCGGCCCCGGUGCCCGGAAUCAGGGAUCUUGGACUGGCGCUUGGCAGCAGGGACCGGAACGCAGGUCUUGACCGAUGACACUUCUGGAUGCAGGGAGGACCUAGAGGAGGGCAGAACCACAAGAAAGAAGGAGCCUGAUUCCCUGGAUGACUGUGUGGAGCAAACACCUAACCUUUUUUGGACUGUGAAAGCUGCUGGCAGUGGCAUGAUGGUGGGGAAGUAAAGUGUGGGGCAGUGCGAGUGACGGACUGCUUUGCCCUAGGAGGAUUCCUUUUACUUCCCGUUUCACCCAACUCAAAUGCCAUUGAGUUGAACUGAAGUGCCAAUUUAAGGUUGCAGUUUUGCCCAGGACAGUGGGUAUGCUUUUUUCUUAUCUACAUCAGCUUCCCGAUCCCCCCACCCCCCAGCCCACCUAAAUAUCAACAUGGAGCAUUAGCCCAGAGUCUGGCAUUCAAUAAACAUUUUAACUAAACUGAUAUGUCUUCAUCCACUAACAUUAACUCAACAAACACUUAUUAAAAUGUUCAUUCACUUAACAUAUUUAUUGGAUGUCCACUAAUUGCUGUGCUGGCCAUUUGUGCUGAGCAAGUGGACACAGGCCCUGCCUUCUUGGAGAUCUGCAUGAAUGUUAGGCUCACUAAACCUCAUCUGGGGCUCAGUGAAUCCUGAGGGGUGGAGGGAAGCUAGAUAUGCAAAUUCUCUAAACACUCUCAUGAGGUAAAUCUAUUAUUUCUCCCAUUUCUCUGAUGAAGAAGCGGAUGUGAGUGUCACACAGCUGCAGUAGUGACAGAGUUAGUACAUGUGACAGGGGUGUGCAUGGAGAGCUAAGGGAGCACCGGGAGGAGGCACUUAGUCCAGCCUGAGGGGUCAGGGAAGAUGCUCUGGAGGAGAUGACAUCUGAGCUGAGUUUGGAAAGAUGACAAGUUAUCAGCCAAAUGACUGAGGGGAUGAAGUAAAUGACAGACAGCAAAGACACCAAGGUACAAAAGAGCUCAGGGUGUGACUGGAAUGUGAGGCCAGAGGCAGUCACAGCAGGGGCUGAGGCUAGGAAGCCAAGCCAAGGAGCUGGACUCUAGCCUGAAGGCUGCAGGGGAACACCGAUGGGCUGCAGGCAGAGCUCCUAGGUCUGACAACUAAGUUCACGAACUUGUUGCAACA